AUGUCGAGCCCAUUGUCUUUAUUAGCGCUCUGCGCCACGCUGGCCGCAAGUCUCGUGAUUUUCCUAGUGUACAAGAUCGAAGUUCACCCACGUCUCUUCAACGCGUUUCGACAUCUCCCCACAGCCAGGGGUGGACUACCAUUCCUCGGCCAUGGAUUCCUCCAGUUCACCAAUCCCCGUGGUCAAGCCUAUCUGGACAUGGCCAACUCUAUACCGAACCAGGGCUUGAUUCAUUUCUAUGGGUUCAUGAACGUCAGUCAUAUCCUGCUAGUCAGUAAUGAGGCCCUAUCUGAGGUACUGGUUCGUCGCGCAUAUGCUUUCACCAAGCCAGCGGUAGCUCGACGAUUGCUCAGCCAAAUCCUAGGACCAUCGCUUCUCAUCUUGGAAGGCGAUGAGCAUAAAUAUCUCCGAAAACGUAUCCAGCCGGCCUUUGGCCAUCGAAACGUCCAAGAUCUUUGCCCACUUUUUUGGUCGAAAGCUAUUGACAUGGUGGAAACAAUGGAACAGUCCGCUGCUUCACCUGACUCAACGGACUUUGUAGUGGAUGUCCUGCCUUGGGGCAACAAGGGUACCCUCGAUGCCAUCGGUUUGGCGGCAUUAGGAAAGGAUUUCAACACACUACGGGAACCAAAUGAGCUUACCGAUUUAUAUGAGCUCGUGACUGGUAGCAAAGAAGGCGUGCGUCUACUGUUCAUUGCCAAUGCUUUGUUGCCGGCCUGGUUAUUAAGACUCUUACCACGCAAGUUCAACCGCGAUAUCGAGGAUGCUCGCAUCAGGCUGCGACAGCUUUGCAGUACCUUUUUAGAAGAGAGAAAGAAAGAAGUCACUGAAGACAGUGGCCAAAAGGCGCUCUUACUGCAGCUCAUACAAAGUGGAACACUGACGGAUGACGAACUUGUUGGCCAGCUCUUGACCAUCAUCGGUGCAGGGUACGAGCCAACUUCAGCGACUUUGACCUGGACUCUCUGGCUGCUUGCCACCCAUCCAGCCUGGCAAGACAGUCUCCGUGCCGAACUUCGCAGCCACAUCCCCUAUCGCUUCUUCGCCAACGACGCAGAAAGGUUUACUGAAUUCGCUACCCUCGACACUCUCCCCAUCCUCAAUGCCGUCGUGAACGAAACGCUCCGUCUCAUGCCCACCUCGCCCAUCACCUCGCGCGUCGCCACAGAAGACACCACCGUUCUCGGCACUGCCAUUCCAGCUGGAACACGUCUUUGGAUCGUUCCCGCUGCCAUGAACCGGUUUGCAUCCUUCUACGGCGAAACGGCCGAUGCAUUCGAUCCAGGCCGAUGGAUUGAUGAAGACAGCGGCCGAGCUAACAACCAUGGUAAUGCCCAUACCAAUUAUGCUUUCCUUACUUUUCUGCAUGGACCGCGGAAGUGCAUUGGAGCGGGAUAUGCCAAGGUCGAAUUACGAGCUUUCAUCGCCGCCUUUGUGGGUAGCUUUGAGUUUGAGAUGGCGGACAAAAGUUAUGUGCCUCAGCCUGCGGGUAUUACGGCUGUCAAGCCACGGGAUGGUUUACCCUUAAGACUGAAGCGCACAAAAGCCUGGUAA